ACGGCCAAGUUGGCAUUUAAACAUCAUAAACUCAUACACAUAAUUCAUAAUCAAUAUCAACUGCACUAAUUAUCAUGAUUCAUGGUCAAAGUUCCUUUCCGGAUGCGUGGAUGCAGUAUAAAUCAGAAAGUAACGUCUCAUGCAACGUGCAACGCUCGCUUUGCAUUAUCAGUCAGUCUUGGUUUUGCCUUUGGAUGAAGAUGUCUGCAUACAUUUCUGUGCUUAUUAGCGUGUUCUUUUUAGGUUUAACAGCGCAAGCGAGAUUUUGAAUUCUUCGGAAGCAGGCGUUAAUAUGUUCGACGAUAUUAUUGAGCUGUCGUUUGUUUUGUUUACACCCUGUGCCGAAGCGAGUAAUUUUUCAUUCCUAGAUGUCCUAUCAGCAGUCAAUACCAAUGGCAGUCAAUCUAUUGUAAAUGAUAUUUGGGUCACUGCGAAUCCACAGUUUAAGCAUUAUCAAAAUGGGGCAAGUGUUGACACGAAAGACGAAAAUCUUAACAGAUAUAAAAGGCAGGAAGUUACGCAUAACAUUUCUACAUACCAAGACGCUGAUCAUAAACUGUACAGAGAACUUCCAUUUUUAGUUUUCGUAGAAACUGAAGUGCCGGGAAUCGUAAAUCCAGGGAUAUUAAUAUCAGAAAAUUUUGUUCUGAUACCGGCCCACCUCAUAAAACGAAAUACCAAAGUUACAUUUGUACUUAUCGCUAGAGAACGUUUUACAAUAUCAAAGAAAAUACGUCAUCCUAUGUACCGUGGAAAACAGAAGCAUUUUGACAUUGGAUUGCUAAAGCUCGAAAAUAACAUCAACUUACAAAGCAAUGUUUUACCCGCUUGUCUAUGGCUGAAUGAUGAAAAAAGCAACGCUGAGUUGAUAGUCGCUAGAUGGAAUCAUCGCGAAGGCAUAUCAUCAUUAACGAAGCAAACGGAUAUUGUUGUAAAGGAUUUUGAAAGUUGCAUUUCCUUCUUUGAUCCAAAUAUCCUCGCAAUAAAUAAUAUAUCAUUUUUAGAUCAUCAGAUGUGUAUCGUCAACGAAAUGGAGGACGCAAUGGAUUUGAGUGGUGGACCGUUGUACGUGGAUUUGGUUCAUGACGAUCAUAUUGUUCCAUUUGUGAUUGGAAUAGCUUCAACGGCCACAAGAGCUAAUUUGUACGAAAUCGAUAUAUUCACAAAACUCUCCAGAUUUGGCAAUUGGAUUGCCGAAACAAUGCGCGAAGAAGGUGAAGAAGUAUCGUUUGAACCAUUAGAAUGCGCCAAACGCCAUUUACAAUAUCGACGUCAAAUUAACGGUUCGAAAUUAUUCGAUUCGAGCAACACCAUUGACUACAUGGUAUCCAUUCACGGCAAUCCAGAUGCAAAUCAGACAAUCAAAUGUACCGGAGCAUUAAUCGGAAAAGAUGUCGUGGUCACAUUGGGACAGUGUGUGAUCAAUUUCAUGCCUUAUUCAUCCUAUGUGGUUUUCGACGAUCGAUCAACCAUCAACAUAAAAAAUAUCAUCAUACAUCCUAACUACACGGCCAAUACCCUCUACAAUAAUAUAGCGAUAUUAAAGCUUGUGUCGGAAGCAUCUAUUACUCCCGCUCAAAUAGCAGCAAUUCACUCAAAACAUAAUAAAAUAACCUUGUACGCUACUGACGGAUCAAAAGAUAAGCACUACUUCUCCGUCAAUGGACUUUCACUCAAGUUCAGUGACGAAUGCGUCCUUUCCGACGACCACCGUUUUCUACUCCUAGAAGGAUUGCAGCCGGAGCAUUUGUGCCUCCAAAGCGAUUAUGCACUUGUUCCGGGAAGCUGUGAGGCACACCCAAGUACAGUUGUAUAUUGGGAGCGGUAUGGAACAAAAUACUUGCUAGGGUUAUACAUGGCUGGGGGACACUGUGGCUUUGGAGAACAAGCAAUCGGUCUUUACAUUUAUGAGCAUAAUCUCUGGAUCAAUUCGGUGAUCAAUUCACCAUCAAGCAAGUCACGCGAGUACAUCGAUCCUUUCUUGAAUCUAUCAGAUGUAUGUUCGUAUGCAAAUGGAAGGAGAGGUACAUGCGUGAGCCAAACGAGCUGUCCGAAUGUGCGCCAACGGGUGGAAAAUAAUUUGCCAAUAUUCUACUGCAAGAACAGAGCAGUGGUUUGCUGUCUCUCAGAUUCUGAAACACAACUGGAAGCGGAAAAUGAAAUAACGUUUGCGAUAAAUCGCUGUUAGACACCACUGAUAUUGUAAAUCGAGGAAUAAUAUUACACAUAUGAUUAUAUUACCACGCUUUGUUUACUCAUUAGAUUAUGUUUCUUCUCAGACACUGUAUAAUUUUUCAGGGGAUCAAUUUUGCAAUUUUACACCAUUAAAACUAAAUAUAAUUUGGCGGAAUGUUCAUCUCAACACAAAGUUGUUUCUAUUAUUCUCAAUCAAUAAAGUCCUGUUCAGACAAAAUUCGGCCACCUAUUUUAAAUUUUAAUAUGGUCACCAAUAGUGCUAUAUGAAACUUUUUCAUAGUUAUUUGAAGGUAUUGGAGCAUAACAUAUAAUUUUGCAACAGUUUUUAUAUGAACGUGUUCAAUAGUUAUUAACGUUCGAAUAACAGUGUUGUAAAAAAAGGUUACACAAUAGAGGUUUGUAGGUAAAGGCACAAAACACGGACUUGCAUAACCAAUGACAUAAUAAACUCAAACAUUUCUAAAAAAUAGUGCCUGUAUUAAUAGACAUACGACCAUAUCGGAAUGUUCUGUAAAUAAAA